GCCCUUAAGGCAGUCUGCACUGAACUUUGUGCGAGAUUAAUUGUAUUGUAUUGCAUUGUGCUCUGUCCUUUUCAGUUUCGUUCACGAAAGAAAAAGGGAAAUGAUGGAGCCGCCUCCAGUCACAACAACCUUUACGGUUGUUGCCCCUACCCACGAUCCGCUCGAUCACCAGCAUCUACCACCCAUAAAAACGACAUUUCCGACGACAACGGGUGCAACGACCGAUCGUUACAAGAACUCAAUGCACCAGGAGUCAGUUGGAAGGAGCGACUUGAUGGGCGAAAUGUCGCCACCUGCGAUGUUGUUGAUGAAUGCACCUCCUGGAGGAGGUAGUAGUGGAGGGUCUCUUUCCACCAGACCCUCUGCACAACAAGGGCAUCUUCAGCAAGGAAUUACUAUGAAUGUGGUCUCCAGGAGACAACCACCUCCAUCCGGACAUCAACAUCUUCACAAGAACCACUUUUCCAUUAAGGGUUUCGACAUUUUUGCAUUCUUCACUACCAUCCUGCACUACCAUCCUUCAGAAGUAGGAAAAGGGUCAAGGAUGUUCCGAAGAAUGUAACUCCGUAAGAACCGCUAAUUCCAGUACACAGAUGAAUAACAGUACAACUUCAUCCACCAAAGCGGGAACGAAGUAUUAUCGAGAUCAGACGCAGCAUUUUAUUGCGGUCGCAGAGGCGGUCAAGAAUCCGAAUUACCUGCAACGUCAACGAAACCUGCACAACAUGCAGCAAGAAGAACUUUCGAUGAUAUCGAGUCUUGCAGCAGGCAGCUCAGCUGUUAUAUGAAGCAUGUUAAGAAAUAUGUGCUCAACAGGUUAAGCGAACUAUCGAGGCAUCCUAUACCAUGUGCUGGACGGUUUCGCCACAAAUCUUGAGGAAAUAGCUAGAUGACGAACAAGGACAAGCCGGUAGACUAGAAGUACUACUAAGGAUGCGAUGAAUGAAUGACAAGCUCACUUUUAUGUUCUUAUUGGAGUAUGAUUGUAGUCAUCUUUAUUCACGUCCAUUUACAUAAUUCUUGGUCUAUGAAGGAUGAGGUGCUGAUCAAAUAGAAUAUAGUGGUUGAUGUAUACUGAAUAGAAUGGAUGAUCUUCUAGCCCAUGCUCAUGUAUGAGGAUGUAGCAAACCGCUAACAAUGCCUGGUGGCGCAGCAGGUGGAGGAGGAGCACCGCUGCCAAAUUACAAGAGGUAUCCUAGAAGUUUCGAGGCUGCCUUGAGCGGGGACGCGUCAGGCGGCAAUGAUGCGAACUACGUCCGUGGAGCAGGCGCUAAAGGUGGUCCUAUGAUGAGAGUCUAUUUUUGCUGUAGUCGUUGUUGUACUUACUUUCUUCAUAGUUCUAGCAGGACAAGAAAAAGGGAGGGUUCUUCAUUACUUAAUCAUGUAAAUUCAUCAUCAUGCUGCUCUAAUUCUUCCACGAAAAAGGGUAAGAAAGUGAAGCACAUACCAGUUGUGUCGGCAGCACACGACGCACAAGUGGACCGUCUGACGCAAGAGAUUGAGGACUUCCUCGAAGCUCGCGCUGAUGGCCGUGCGUCGCUCCCAUCAGGUGAUUAAGACAAGAAAAAAAGUUGGUAGAUGAAUAGGGUCGACAUCGAUGAGGUUUUCCACCUCGUUCUCUCAAAUUAUAAAGUUCUCGCGUUGUACCUGUACCAAGCAAAUUAUAUUUAGUAGAUUGGAUGAAAACGAGUCAUUAGCUCACUAGCAGUUUCUCUAAAUUAUUGAAGCACUCGAUGACUAGCAGUUAUUUCUCUAAAAAAUUGUUGAAGCACUCGAUGACUAGCAGUUAUUUCUCUAAAAAAUUGUUGAAGCACUCGAUGAUAG